GUCCGUUCCGUCCUUGCCACCACCUGUUUGGCAGCUGGUUGAUCCGUGUUGGUGUGUGGGUCAUUGCUACUCUCUCCCUGGUCUGCAACACACUGGUGAUGGUCUCCAUCUUUCUCUCCCCGUCCUUCCUGUCCCCUGUGAAGCUGCUGAUUGGCCUGCUGGCUCUGGUAAACAGUCUGAUGGGGCUGUGGUCWGCCACGCUGGCCACCGUCGAUGCCUUGACCUUCGGCAGCUUCGGSCGRUACGGGGCUCGCUGGGAGAGCAGCACGGGCUGCAAGCUGACCGGCUUCGUCUCCAUCUURGCUUCUGAGACCAGUYUCUUCUUACUGACUGUGGCCGCUCUGGAGAGGGGGCUGUCGGUACGGAGAGGCAAGGCCYCCGAYGGGAAGACUUCCACGGGCACGCUGAGGCUGGUGGCCGCCUUGUGUUUCCUUCUGGGCCUGGCUGUCACCGUGCUCCCCCUGCUGGGGGACUAUGGUGUCUCCUCCAUCUGUCUCCCCAUGCCCUACGAAGAGCCCUCCUCUCUGGGCUUCAUGGUGGCUCUAGUCCUGGUCAACUCCCUYUGUUAUCUGAUCAUGACSGUCACAUACGCCCGCCUCUACUGCAGCCUGGAGAAAGGAGAGCCGGACAACCUGUGGGACUGUUCCAUGAUCCGUCACGUGGCCUGGCUGCUGUUCACCAACUGUCUGCUCUACUUCCCCGUAGCCUUCCUCUCCUUCUCCUCCCUGCUGAAACUGCCCUCAGUAGGGCCUGAGGUGGUGAAGUCAGUGCUCCUAGUGGUGGUUCCUCUCCCAGCCUGCCUCAACCCUCUACUCUACGUCCUCUUCAACCCUCACUUCAGAGAGGACCUGGGCCUGCUCCACAGAAGGACUCGCGGCGCCCUGCACCUCAGCAGACCCCGCCGACUCAGCCUCGUCUCGCUCAACUCGGAGGACGCCGAGAAACAGUCAUGUGACUCCACGCAGGCCCUGGUCACCUUCGGCGUGUCAGAGGAAGAGGAGGAGUCUAGGGGGGCGGGGCAGCAACCCAGCGCCGAGGCACACCACCCUCCGGUUGCCUUCAUCCCCUGUCGCUAGGCAGACUAGCGUUGUGGCUUCACUGUUUUUACCCCCAGGGCUGCAGGGCUCUGGAUUCUACCCCCAGUACCCCAUGCCCUAUAUCAACCCCCUACACACAGACAGAGACUGUGUUAGAGCAGUACAUGUAGCCAGAGAGGAAG